AUGGCCACAGACCACCAGAACCCUGCAACCAAGCAGCAGCAGCCAGGCACCAGUGCAUUUAAGCUGGUUAUCUAUGAGCAGGAAAACUUCCAGGGACGCUGCCAUGAGCUGACUGGUCCCUGCAACAACCUCCAGGAAGCAGGCGUGGAGAAAGUGGGCUCCAUACUGGUGCUGUGUGGACCAUGGGUGGGAUAUGAGCAGGCCAGCUGUAAGGGGGAGCAGUAUGUGUUUGAGAAGGGGGAGUAUCCUCGCUGGGAUUCCUGGACCAACAGCAGGCGUAGUGACACCAUUAUUGCAUUCCGCCCGAUUAAAGUGGACAGCCAGGAGCACAAGAUUGUCCUUUACGAAAACCCCAGCUUUGCAGGGAAGAAGAUAGAAAUCAUAGAUGACGAUGUCCCCAGCUUUCACGCACACGGCUACCAGGAGAAGGUCUCCUCUGUUCGGGUUCAGAGUGGCACUUGGGUGGGCUAUCAGUAUCCAGGCUACAGAGGCUAUCAGUACCUGUUUGAAAAGGGGGAGUAUAAGGACAACACUGAAUUCGGAGCCCAGAUUCCUCAGAUCCAGUCGGUUCGACGCAUCAGAGACAUGCAGUGGCAUCAGAGGGGUGCUUUUCACCCCGUCAACUAAGCUUGUGACUCUUUCCUGUCAUGAACCCUGACCUCAACAGCAUUGCUCCCUCCCAGCAUC